AGGGAAAGUCAUUAAACGAUGCAAGAUAGGGUCACAAAGGGACAAGCUAUGGAUUAGCUAAGAAUGGCUUGUAGCGAUACACAAUCUGUGGACUGUUUUGGAUGUGUUUGACAAGUAAAAUCUCAUUUACGUCAUGUAUUACGUCUUCUGUUCAGUUUUGUUUUUUGCUCUCCACGCAUCUUUGUUCUAUAUAAGCUCUCUCUCACAAAUAUAAUCCAGAACCAAGACAAAACUUGAGAGUUUAUCAUCAGCAUGGGUUCCGAAACAGCUAAAAAGUCUUGUCCUCUUCACUUUGUUCUCUUCCCUUUCAUGGCUCAAGGCCACAUGAUUCCCAUGGUCGAUAUCGCAAGGCUCUUGGCUCAGCGCGGUGUGACCAUCACAAUUGUCACUACACCUUACAAUGCAGGGAGGUUCAAGAAUGUUCUAAGCCGCGCCAUUGAGUCUGGCUUGCCCAUCAAAGUAGUGCAUGUGAAGUUUCCUUCUCAAGAAGCUGGUAUACCAGAGGGAAAAGAGAAUAUAGAUAUGCUUGACUCCAUAGAGCUGAUGAUACCUUUCUUUAAAGCGGUUAACAUGCUCGAAGAACCGGUUCAGAAGCUCAUGGAAGAGAUGAGCCCUCCCCCAAGCUGCUUAAUCUCUGACAUGUGUUUGUUUUAUACAAGCAAACUCGCCAAGACGUUCAAUAUACCAAAGAUCCUCUUCCACGGCAUGUGCUGCUUUUGUCUUCUCUGUAUGCAUAUUUUACGCGAAAAUCUUGAGAUCUUGGAGAAUUUGGAGUCAGACAAAGAGUACUUCACCGUUCCUUAUUUUCCUGACAAAGUUGAAUUCACAAGACCUCAAGUUCCUGUUGAAACAUAUGUUCCUGGAGAGUGGAAGGAGUUCUUGGAUGGAAUUAAAGAAGCUGAUAAGACAUCCUAUGGAGUGGUGGUCAACACAUUUCAAGAACUGGAGCCUGCUUAUGUCAAAGACUACAAGGAAGCAAGGUCAGGUAAAGCAUGGUCCAUUGGACCUGUUUCCUUGUGCAACAAGGUGGGAGAAGAUAAAGCUGAGAGAGGAAAUAAAUCAGAUAUUGAUAAAGAUGAGUGCCUUAAAUGGCUUGAUUCUAAGGAAGGUGGUUCUGUGCUCUACGUUUGUCUAGGAAGUGUCUGCAAUCUUCCUCUGUCUCAGCUCAAGGAGCUUGGCCUAGGCCUAGAAGAAUCUCAAAGACCUUUCGUUUGGGUCAUAAGAGGUUGGGAUAAGUAUAAAGAGCUUGCUGUGUGGAUCUUGGAGAGCGGUUUUGAUGAAAGGGUGAAAGAGAGAGGGCUUCUCAUUAAAGGAUGGGCACCUCAAGUGCUUAUCCUUUCACACCCUUCUGUUGGAGGAUUCUUGACACACUGCGGAUGGAACUCAACUCUUGAGGGGAUAACCUUUGGUCUCCCACUUCUUACAUGGCCGCUAUUUGCUGACCAAUUCUGUAAUGAGAAAUUAGUGGUGGAGGUGCUAAAAGCUGGUGUGAAAGCCGGGGUUGAGCAGCCUAUGAAAUGGGGAGAGGAGGAGAAGAUAGGAGUGUUGGUGGACAAAGAAGGAGUGAAGAAGGCAGUUGAAGAGUUAAUGGGUGAGAGUGAUGAUGCUAAGGAGAGAAGAAGAAGAGCCAAAGAGCUUGGAGUGUUAGCUCACAAGGCUGUGGAAGAAGGAGGCUCUUCUCAUUCUAAUAUCACAUUACUCUUAGAAGACAUAAUGCAACUAGCACAAUCCAAUAAUUGAUUUAUGUCAUUGUUAAAAGAAAUAGACGUUUAUGUUACGAAAGUAAA